AUGGCAUUCCAUCAAUUUAACGAAGAUAUAAUUGGAUUAAUUUCAUCGUUUUUGCCAUAUGAUGAAAUAAUUAAAAACUUAAGAAAUGUGAAUAAAAUAUGGAGAAAUUCAAUUAAUAACUCCUAUGAAUGUUGGUUAAAUAUAGAUUUGACUGAAACUAUGACUGAAUUUCAAAGUUCUAAGGAAGACAUUCUGCUUGACGAAAUUAAAAUUUAUAGUAAUAUUAUUUCAAGUAUAAGAUUGUCAAAUCCAAAAAAUAAUAUCAGUGGGUUUUUGAGUAAAAUGAUUCUAAUAGAAAAUAGUGACAAUAAUGAAAGAUAUAAAAUGUGGAAUAAAUUGGAAAAUAUAGAAAUUUAUAAUAAAAGUUUAAUAAUACCUAUAAAAAAUCACAAAAAUUAUAAUCUUCUUCCUUUCAAAUCUUUAUUUCGUCUUGGAAUUAAUGAAAAUAUUCUACAAUUAUUGAAAAAUUAUGAAAUUUCAAACCAAGAAAAUAAUUAUGAAUGUGAAAAUACUUAUAAUACCAAAUUUUUAAUGAAUAGUUUUACCAAUAUUAUUAAUUAUUAUCCAUUUAAAUCUGUUAAAAGAAUAAUUAUCGACUAUCCUAUCAGUACAAAAGAAUUAAUUAUAUUAAGUAACUGUUUUCCUUGCCUGAAAGAUAUUGUGAUUACAAGACUUUUUCAUGAAAAAAAUAUUGAUGAUCAUCAUCAAGAACUUAUUGAAAGAGGAAUUGAAUCAAGUAAUGAAUCUAGAUUGAGAAAUGAUUAUGCCACACUCCAAGAUGAAAAUGAGUUCUAUGCAAAAAAUGAAAUCGUCUCUUGUUGGGAAGCAAUUUAUAACUUUCUACAAGUUAUACCCCCAAAUCAACUCAGAAUCCUUCAAUUUAAUGUUAUACCUUCUCCAAAUCCAAAUUCUGGAAAAUGGAUAACUGAUAGCACUAUUUCAAGAUUACUUACAGAAAAUACCCAAAAUAACAGUAGCUUUAUUAUCAAUAAUAAUAAACACUGGAAUAUUCAUAAUAGUAAUAAAAACAAUAAUCAAAUCAUGUUAUUUACUGAUUCAGAUGAUCACGAUGAUAAAAGUGAAAACCAAAUAUUUAAAUCCCUUGAAAUAUAUAAAGCCAUUAAAAGAAGUAAUAGGGAAUAUAUUGAUUAUAAAAAUAAAGUCAUGAGAGCCAACGAGUAUUAUAAUAAUUCAUCAAUGAUGAAUAAUGAAGUUGGAAUAUUUAAUCAUUCUAAUUCAAUGAUUCAUUUUGAUGAAGUUGGAGAUAAACUAAUCAAGUAUAUACUUGAUAUGCAUUCAGAUUCUUUAGUUGCAUUAUCAUGCCCAGAUCUAGAGGUUUCUUAUUCUUUAUAUAAAAGAUUAUUAAAUCAAUGUCCAAAACUUAAACUCUGGGAUUUACCAGGGUGGAGAAUAUUCUCAUGUAUUAAUUAA